AACCGUAGGUAUAUGUGUGUUUUGUCUCAUGUUCUCUCUGCCUUUGGUUUUGUUGGUAGCUACGUUUUGCUUCCAUGGCGGAAAUCAAAAGUUGCAGGUUCACUCUGUGUUUGGUUUUGCUUCUGGUUCUAUGCUUUCACCAAACAACAACUGUAGAAUGCAAAGAAAUGAUCAUUAGACAACUCAAGAUUGGAUUCAAAAGGGUAAUUCUCAGCAUUGUGCUGGGAAUUCUAACUGGAUCGGUUGGAUCUCCUUUCUUCGCUUUACUAAUCAAACUCACUGUUCAGUACAUCAACCAAACCCCGUUCCUUAAAGGUCCAGUUAUAUUUUCCCCCAUGAUAUCUUCCAAGACACUUCAAUCAGCCCUAGCCAAUGAGAACCUGUUGUUGGGGUCAAGCUCCAACGGCAAGUACUACAAGACGGUUCUCGAUAAUGGCCUCAUCGUAGCCGUCAAAGUGCAGGAGCCCUUCGACAGCGGCUCGAGCAAGUCAGUGAAGAGGAGGAUACAACAAGAACUUGAGGUUCUUGCUAGCUUGAGGCACAGGCAUUUGAGGAGCUUACGGGCUUAUGUUCGAGAAUCCGAUUGGUUCUCUUUGGUUUAUGAUUAUAUGCCAAUGGGGAGCCUCGAGGAUGUGAUGAAUGGAGUAAGGGUAAACCAGUUGCAGCUUAGAUGGGAUGUCAGGCUUAGGAUUGCUGUGGAGGUGAUUAAGGGCCUUCAAUAUCUUCGCUUUACUUGUGAUCCUCAGAUUUUGCACUACAAUUUGAAGCCUACUAAUGUGAUGUUAGAUGGUGAAUAUGAACCGAGGCUGGCCGAUUGCGGAUUGUCUAAGCUCAUGUCUAACAUCGAUCGAGCAGCGUCGGGUUAUUGUGCUCCCGAGUGUUUCCAGAACUGCAGGUACUCGAAGUGUUCCGAUAUUAAAGCUUACCCUUGA